CGACGUCUGUCGUUUGUCACAAAAGCGCAACGAUUUUCGAAACAAAAAAUAGUCCAUUUUGAAAACAGACGCCUCGGAUCGAGCAUCUGGGCGUGAAACUCGUUGACGAGACAUAUUUUUUCCUAUGAUUUCUUGUUUCAGCGAGUGAUGUCUAUCAUAAAAAGUAAAUAGCGUGUGAGAUUGGCAGUUCCUGUCAGCGAGGUGGAGUGCGCGGGAAUUACUUGGACGUCCUUCAAAAAGUAGCCACGCUGCGUAGAUCCGUGAUCAAAGUUAUGAAGAUCAAAUUGCCGCGCGAUCGUUUCCCGUCGACGUCCUCGACGGAUGAUAACGAAAGCGGCACGGACUGGGACACGGACGCCGCCGGCCGGCAUCCUCCCCUCCACCCGACGCACUCGACGCACCCCCCCCACUCGACGCACCCGUCGAUACCCCCCCACCCGACGCACCCGACGCACCCGUCACAUCUGACGCACCCGUCGCAAUUCUCGCACCCACCACUGCCUCGACACCCGCCGCCGCAUCCGCAGGCUUAUGGACAGCAUCCACAAGCUAUCAUCGUCGGCUCGGUGCGCAAGCGCCGCGGCAACCUUCCCAAACACUCUGUAAAGAUCCUGAAGCGAUGGCUCUACGAUCACCGGUACAACGCCUACCCCAGUGAUGCGGAGAAGUUAGCUUUGAGUCAGGAGGCGAACCUCACUGUUUUACAAGUUUGCAACUGGUUCAUAAACGCCCGUCGCCGCAUCCUCCCCGAGAUGAUCCGUCGAGAAGGCCACGACCCCCUGCACUAUACCAUUUCGCGUAGAGGGCGGAAGACCCCUGGGGCUCACGCUGGGAUGGUGGGGCCCAUGAUUGGCAUGGACGGAGCCUCGACGUCAGGGGUCUCGCUCGGGCCUAAUGUGACUGUAGCUGCGUGGAAUGGUGUCGUGGUUCAGAACGAAGCAGAUAUCCGCCACGACUACGGCGAUGGUCUCCUGGUCUACCGCAGCGACGGCGACGAGCUCGUGGAAGAGGGCUACUCCAGCGCCAUCAGCGAAGAGGAGGUGAAGUACGACCCAUCGGUCUGGCAGUCCGUCAUCAGAUACGGCCCUGAGGAUAAUGAUCUGCAUCCGGCAUCUAGAGCAGCCCCGGUCGCGGUGGUGACUACGGAGGCUGAGCGCGGGCUGGCGGCCGCCGCGGCCUGGCGCGCGCCUGCGAGGCGUCGCAUGCAGGUGGUGCCGGGAGAGAGUGAGGGAGAACGAGACAAGUUCAAAUGCCUGUAUUUGCUCGUCGAGACCGCCGUGGCUGUCAGGCAGAGGGAGAAGGAACAAGAGUCCAUAUUGCCACUCUAGUUGGAAGGAAACUUAUCAUUUAAAUUACGUAUUUAGCUAAUAAUCUGGAACAAUGAUUGAUAUUUUAUAAAACGUCGUUAAGACGGUAUGCUGCAACUCUACUAAUACGGUUUUAGUCUUUAAGAUAUGUUUGAUAAAUAUGGUUAAGAAAAGUUUAUUAUGGAUUAAGAAAUUAGUUACUACAUCAUAGGCUAGAGGAUCCCGACGCCGAUGAUCGUGCGAAGUGGAGACGAAAAAGUAGGAAAGCGGGCCCUGGGUUCCGAGGCUCAACGGCUGAGGAAGAAACCGGGAGCACGCUCAGAUGAGAGGUUAGUGGAUCCAGAUAAAUAGAAAUAGUGGACAAAUUCCAAUGAGGAAGAAAUAGAACAAUGUUUUUGGGUAUCUUUUUAUGGGCUUACUUUAUACUGGGAUUCAUUGGAUAAAACUGUUUUCAUUGUGAGGCGUUAUUUAAGCUAAGGAUUUGAUAAAUGGUAAUCAACUGUCCAUGAUAAAAUAAUUUAAUUCGAUAAGCGAGAUUUUGUUUUGAUUUAAGAUUUAGCUAGAAGUAAGCUUGUUCUCGAUUUAAGAUGUCCGAUUCUGAUAAUGCGUGAUCAAUAAAGU